UUUGGUCGGCAUGACUGCCAAAUUAAUCCAUAAUAGAAGCAAUACCGUGGUCAUUUGUGUCCGUGCUGUUGAAAGAAACAUCUAGUUUGUGUGCUCUUUGCUAAUUGUUGAAACAGAAAGAAAGCCAGCAUCAGUCAGCAAAUCAGCAGCAGUGGAGAGCAGAACAUAAGUAGAGCAGAAAAGCACAAGCGAAACACACAGGAAAACAAGUAAAACAGCAGAAACAUGGCUCAGGAAGGACAGGAUAUGCCCACAUUCAAGUGCGUGCUGGUCGGCGAUGGCGGCACUGGAAAGACAACAUUCGUCAAACGUCACAUGACCGGCGAAUUCGAGAAGAAAUAUGUGGCCACACUGGGCGUGGAGGUGCAUCCAUUGAUCUUCCAUACCAAUCGCGGUGCGAUCCGUUUCAAUGUAUGGGACACAGCUGGCCAGGAGAAAUUUGGCGGACUACGCGAUGGCUAUUACAUUCAGGGCCAAUGCGCUGUCAUCAUGUUCGAUGUAACAUCGCGUGUCACCUACAAGAAUGUGCCCAACUGGCACAGAGAUCUGGUGCGCGUCUGCGAGAAUAUACCCAUUGUCCUCUGUGGCAACAAGGUUGACAUCAAGGAUCGCAAGGUCAAAGCCAAAAGCAUUGUGUUUCACCGAAAGAAAAAUUUGCAGUACUACGAUAUCUCUGCUAAGUCGAAUUACAACUUUGAGAAACCAUUCCUUUGGCUGGCCCGCAAGCUGGUCGGUGAUCCAAAUCUGGAGUUCGUAGCAAUGCCGGCGCUGCUGCCACCGGAGGUCAAAAUGGAUAAAGACUGGCAGCUCCAGAUCGAGCGUGACUUGCAGGAGGCGCAGGCGACCGCCUUGCCUGAUGAGGAUGAGGAUCUAUAAGCAUAUUAGUUUACAAAUGAAUUCAAAACAAAAUAUAAUUGAGA